AUGAAGAGCCAAGUCUUCGUUCUCGGUCCCGGCUACGUCGGCCGCGAAAUCAUCGACCUCCUUCUGUCGGAAGGUCAAUAUGAAAUCACAACCCUGGUGCGACGUGAAGCCGCCGUCGAGGAAUUUGAGAAAGACGGAGUCAAAGCGGUUCUCGGUGAUUUGAAUGACGCCAAAGUCAUCCAGCAACUCAGCGCCAAAAGCGAUGUAGUUUUUCACACAGCUACCGCCGACCAUUUGGAAUCUGCCCAGGCAAUCUUGGCCGGAAUUGAGGAGCGCGCCGGUCAAGGUAUGUAUACCACCGACCGAGUCCUGACAUGGUACGCUACCGGUAGAACCAACGUUGACAUGGUGUCAUGUAUAGGAAAGAAAUCUAUUUAUCUCCAUCAAAGCGGAGCUAGUGUUCUGAGCGAUACAUCACCUGGAAAUAAUGUCAACGAUGAAAUCUAUUCCGACAAAACGCCGUCUCAAAUUGAUUCGUUGUCGGACACGGCACCUCAUCGAAAAAUUGAUCUUGCUAUUUUGAAAGCCCGACAGAAGCUGGGCAACAAGGCCAGAAUGUUUAUCUGGAUGCCUCCCAUCAUUUACGGCAGCAAUAGCAAACACAAGCGCCUUUCAAUCCAGAUUCCAGCCUUGACUCGAUUUGCCUGCAAACAUGGGCAAGCCGGCUACGUCGGCACUGGCAAAAAGGCCUGGGGUGUAGUACAUGUCCGUGAUCUGGCCAAGGUAGUAUCCCCAAAUGGAAUGAUUCUAAAAAGCCCGCGGUAUCUAAUUGAAUUUUCUCAGGCCUACGUCCAAGUCCUUCACUGGAUUGAGGGCGCUGCAGAUUCCGACCCCGAGCUCCAAAAUCCCUACUUCUUCUGCGAAAGCGGCGAAGUUACAUGGGGCCAAGUCGGCGCUAUUAUUGGCAAAGGCCUCUACAAGGCGGGUCGAAUUACCACGCCCGACACCCGCUCUAUUCCGGAGUCUGAGUACGUCGACUUGUUUGGUCAAUUCACGCCGGAUGUGGUGGGAUGCAGCUGCAGAAAUAGGGCUGAUAGGUUGCGGUCUAUGGGGUGGAAGCCUGAGCAGUUGGGGAUUGGAGAGGCAUUUGAGAAGGAGGACCUCCCGGCCUUGUUGGCUGAGAAGGGAGAGUUCAAGGCCUCUGAAAUGGCAUUGUCUUGA